AUGAAAGGAGAUGAAAGAUUCAAUAGCGAUGCCAAGCCAGAGCGAGAGCCCAUGAAGGGAGAUGGAGGUUCGAUAGUGAUGCCAACCCUGAGCAACGGUCUAGGUACUGCCAUAUCAGGGUUGACAUCCGGCCUCAGUGCAUACGCAAACUCUCGUAUGAUGUACGGCGCCAUGCAAGGUGGCUACGGUGGCUAUGGGUAUGGCGGCUAUGGUGCUGCUGCUGCGAAUUCCGGCACUGCUGGCGCUGCUAGCGCUGCUAGCACUGCCAAUGCUACUGCCACUUCUGCUGACCUCGGCAAGCCUGAUGCUGUUAGCACACCUGCCUCUUCCACACCUGUUGAAAGUGCAGCAGCGGCUGCCAGCUAA